UUUGAGUCACCGGUAAUAAUUUAAGUGUUUAUUAGUUAAUUAUAUUUGAUGUUAUGAAUAUUAAUCAUCAUGUACAUAUAUUUUUUAUUGUAGGAGAACGAUCUUUAUGAGUUGCAGCCCGAACAGCAGGAGGCGAGGACGCAGUGGUGGCUAUCGGUCGCGAAUGAAGGAGAUGUCCAGUUUCCAGGUCCGGGCGUCUUCGGCCAGAGGAAUCCUCGACCGGAUGUGAGUGGUGGGGACCGCUCUGAGGCAUCUAUUCAGGUGGAACCCCGACGUCGCAGUUCGAGGCGCGAAGAUCGGGGAAAGCGGCAAAGACCACAGGUGGUUUCGUCCUCGUCGAGCAGUGGCCAGCGGGAUCAGACUGGCGGCGGCGAUCGCCCCGUGACUUCCGGCCGGAGGUCACAGAGUCACAGGAGGCCCAGAUACGGGGGAGAGAGCAGUGCUGCUCAUGGGCCUUCUGGUUUGAGCGAGCAGGAGUGGCAGCGCAUGGAGCAGAUGGUGCGCGAGAGUGAGGGCCGGGUGGCGAGGCGUGUGGAGGAGAGCCUAUUCACGAGGCUGAAGAAUUGGGCAGAGGAGACCUUUGGGUGUAUGCGUUGCCGAUGCUCGCAUAGCACCGAUGUACGUCAGCCCAUGCCUGCUCCAAGACCUCAAUCGGACAGGCGACGAGAGCCCGAGCCCGAGACGGAGCCCGAGACGGAGCCCGAGACGGAGGAUGCGCCAUCACAGCAGAGGUCCCCUGCACACGAGGCGCCUGCUAGGGACGCGGGUCACUCCGGCAGUGAUGAUUAUCAAACCCCACCGGGCCCGCAUACUGGUUUUGGUGUGCCCACGACUUUUGGGGCUGGCCUACAGUUGACCCCAUAUCUGGGGCCACGCUACUCGUACACUGAGCAGCCCUCGAGCUCAGCACACCCAUUCGAGCCGCCUCGUUCUUCGCUGCCGAUUCUGGCCGAGGCUGGAUAUUCUCAGGAAGAGAUGGAGCGUUUAUGGCAGCAGUUUAGUGGGGGAGCUUCUGCUUCUGGGGCAACACCUGCCAUUCCCCUCAGUGUUUGUCCACCACCACCAGAGGAUGCGCAACUGCGCCGAAGCUACCGUGAGCGGCAGCCUUCGGCUGCGCUGAGAUCCCCAUACGUUCACAGCAACGAGCCGAAACCCGUCGACAACAAGUAUAUUCAGGGAUUUACUCGUAUGGCGGAGCGUCUCCGUGGUGGGAACUACAGGAAGUUGGUGGUGACAGAGAGUGGGCACCCGAUCAAGAGGCAGUUUUGGGUGACUCUCAUGAACAGGACUAAAGAGCUCGAGCCCGAGCAUGUAGAUGCGUACAUGAUGACGCUGAGGCAUAGGCUGGUGAGCGGUACAGACCUGCUUCAGGACAUCGAUCACAGGAGCCAUAUCAUAUUGGAUGCGGAAUUCUUCACUUAUUUGGAUAGAGAAUACAAUGAGCUUAUGGCGAAUGCGCGCCGUAUGUUUAGCUCUCCUUCAGAGCAGCGUUUUAUUUAA